AUGUUAUCUAGACCCUCGGCAUCUAGGGCCACUUGCCCAUCCUCGCGCGAUUUGCUACGCACCUUUGCCGCUCGUUCAGGAUCGCGACAGCUCUGCGGAGCUGCGAAUUGGGGACGAUUAAACCAAAGCCGCAGCAUUGCGCGACGCCCAUCCCCUCCAGUUGCCUCAAACAGCCUAUCUCGCGAAACCAGCAUCCUCAAACAUGUGUCACCGCAACGGCACCCCGGACACAGAGCCUCGUCCACCGCAGCGGCUCCCGACUCGCCGGAACCUCCUAACUCGCCUCAACCCAUUGAGAUUGAUACUCUCCGCGCUAUCGUCGAUCGAAUCAGCAAUAAUGAGGCGGAAAUUAUUGAGCUGCUCUAUGAUUUGGAUAUGAUUGAGGUUCCAGAAGAGGAUAUGGAAAUCAUGGAUCUGGUCGCCCAGCGAGACGAACACGGCCCGCAGUCGUGGGUGAAUCUCAUACGACAGCGAUUCGGGGACAAGGUGCCUGAAGGGUUGUUGAAUGGGGAGGAGAUUCAACUGUAUACUCGACUAUACGGUGAACCUAUCAUCCAAGAGGAAGAAUUUGAACCUACCGAGCUUGAGGAAGAGGAAGAGGAUUUUUCUGAUCAGUUACUUCGCGAGGACGGGGAUGGAGGAUGGGAGGAGGUGGAGUAUCAACAGGAUCCUGAGGCCGAAGCCGAAGAUGACAUCCCGGUCGUCUACGAUAUGGAAAAUGGCCCGCAGGAGAAGGAAACGAUUGCAAUGCAGCGCACCAGAGAGGUGGCCGAGCAGUUGGGCGGCGAUAUCAUGCUGGAGCAGUUUCAGAACGAGGCAGUUCCGGAGUCUGCUCCGCGUUUCCAUCCAUUGACUCUCGAGAGCAAGUUUCGGACAGACCCUAGCACGAUCCACCUGCCGAAGAACACCGUGACUGGUCCCAUCUCGAUUAUUUUGUCCGAGUUUUCCAAUCGGCAUAUCUCUGAGACGGCUCACCGUGUGUUCGGUGGACCCGGGCUACCCCAUUCUACCACGACAGCGCCACCGCGUGCGCAAUUGCGUCAGCUCCCCAUUCCCCUUCAUGUGUCGCAGCACCACAUGGGCGAAAUGGAGGCCAACGCUUACAUUGCGGCCUUGUACCCCGGAAUCUAUGCAUCGGUCCUCAGCGUUCUGGUCGAAAUUCGUAAGCGCUUGGGGACAGACUGGAUUCGCCGUCUUAUCUCGCAAGAGGGCGGGCCGAAUGUUCUCGACGCCGGUGGCGGUGGUGCCGGCAUUCUGGCCUGGCGAGAGGUGCUUCGUGCGGAGUGGGAGCUCAUGGUCCCCGAUCACCCCAAGGGGGCACCUAUUCCCAUGGGACGAUCGACGGUGUUGACUGGGUCGGAGGCUCUGCGACUGCGCACCAGUGCCAUGCUGGAUAAUACCAGUUUUCUCCCGCGCUUACCAGAUUACGUUCAUGUGCGCGAGAAACCAACUUUGGACGAUUCGCGAACCCCAGCGAAGCGCAAACAGUACGAUGUCAUCAUCGCACCGCACUCUCUGCUAGGGUUCAGCGAGGAGUACGAACGUAAGGAGUACGUCCAGAAUCUGUGGUCACUUCUCAACCCCAACGGGGGCGUUUUAAUUUUGCUUGAGAAAGGCCGCCAAAAGGGGUUUGAGGCCAUUUCUGGUGCCCGCGAGAUGCUGCUGAAGCGUCAUAUCGCAAGCCCCGGCUCCACCGAAUACGACAACUUCCUCGAGUCGCCCGACAUGCAAGAGACUGUGGAGAAGGAGCCUGGCAUGAUCAUUGCUCCUUGCACCAACCACUCGACUUGUCCGAUGCACAACCCCGCCGGACCGACCAAGGGCCGUCGUGAUUACUGCCACUUCGAGCAGCGGUACAUCCGCCCGCCCUUCCUGCAGCGCAUCAUGGGCGCCAAGGACCGCAAUCACGAAGACCUUAAAUUCAGCUACCUCGCCGUGCAGCGCGGCGUAGACCUGCGCCAGGAACGUGGCGUUCGCCAGGAUACCACCGCAACAGACGCUGCAUUUGAGGGCUUCGAGCAUUCAGCCGAAUCCACCCCAGCGGACCCCUCUUCCUCAUCAUCCUCUGCCCCAGCUUUCCACCCGCUCGCCCUGCCGCGCGCCGUCUACGCACCCAUGAAGCGCCGCGGCCACGUCAUCUUCGACUUGUGCACCCCAGCCGGCAAAAUCGAGCGCUGGACCGUCCCGCGCUCUUUCAGCCGCCAGGCCUACCGCGACGCCCGCAAAGCCAAUUGGGGCGACCUGUGGGCCCUCGGCGCAAAGACGCGCAUCCCGCGCAACCUGAACCUAGGCGACAAGCACGGCGAGGGCAAAAAGGAGCGUCUGGCCCGGCGCGCAGCCCAGCAGGCUGCAACGCGCGAAGCCAAUGCGGACGGUGAAUUCGACGAGAUGGACCUCGAGAAAGAGGAUGAGUUGGAGCAGGAUUUCGAGGACGAUCAGCCUGAGCGUUCGCAGAACCCCGGCGCCGCUGCCUGCAAGAAGGGUCUGAAUGUCCCCAGCUGGAAGAAGCAGCUCGAUAAGAAGCGGGCUCGGCAGGCUAUGAAGAGAGAGUCGGCUGUUGGGGCUUUUUGA